UCCAAAACAUUUUAUGUCCGUACAACUAUUAGAAUGUAUAAAUAAAAAAAUAGAAGAUUAUUCAGUUUAAAUUUGACCGCCUUGGAGAUAAUGGGUGGCUCCACUAUAAUGAAAAAAAUAUUCAAAAUGACAUAAAAUGUCAGAACAUAAAAAAAAUUAGUCCGAUAACAAAGAAUGUUUAAAAAGGAGGAAAAACCCUUUGGUUUCGGCAGCGCUGUUAACCGCUUUCGCCCUUUGGGACUCCACCCAGAAUUAAUUACCGUAAACACAACAAAUCCUCUUGGUCCCGGGCAGUACAAUCCAAAACCCGCCUAUUGCAAAUACAAAAAUAAAGCUGCGAGUUGGAAGGUUAAAUUAGAAAGUGAAGAAUUUUCCAAAUAUUUGGGCUUUCGAAACCCUCAAGUAUUAUGCGAUCGCAUGUUUGAAAGGACUCUUGGAGGGCCGGGAACUUAUGAUCUUUUUGACUAUAAAGAAAAAGGCGGAGCUUCCACUUUGGAAAAUGUUGGUUUUGGAAGUGGGGAAAGAUUCCACUCGGCCAUUAGAGAUGAAACAUUACCACCUGGGUGUCACACCGUAAAAACUUUAACAACUAAAUUUACAAAAACACCAACAUUUGAAUUUGACGGUAUAACGUCUAGAUUCAAAACCACUGAGCCCUCUUAUAGAAAAGCUCCAAAUCGUUACAAAUUACCCGCUUAUAACAUCACAGAUAAAGUUGUAUCAAAAAGAGGCCCCUAUGACACAUUCACUGGACCUCGUGAUGAAACCACAAUCAAGAAUCAUUUUGCACCCCCUCUUUUCAAAUCACCUGACACUUUUUAUACUAUACCUAGCGCAGUUGACCACCUUUUAUAUCAUCCGAGCAAAAAAAGGAAUGGCAAAUUUUUGUUAGAGGAAAGGUUUCCAGAAGGAUUAUCAAUAACAGCAACUAAAAACGGGUUCAGCAUGUAUAUGAGAGACCCAGAAUAUCCCAGUCCGGCCCAAUACGAAGUUUCCAAAGGGAUCAAAGCAUCCAAAAAGAGUUUGUAUCCUUUUAAUAGCUCCAAUGUGAACGCCAGACCCCCACCAAACUGGAAAAUUCAUCCAGGGCCGGACCGUUACAAAGUAAAAUAUCCUACAUGUCACAAGAAGAGUAUCAAAGGCUCUUGGAUGUUUUUGUCUACGACCGAGCGUGAAUUAGUCAAAGUGGAGAGUUACAGCAAUUUUAUCUAUUAAAUAUCAUUGGAAA